CCUAUUUAAAGACUCUUGAAAUGUGUCUGAUUCAGGUGAAUAGCACGAUUGGAGCCUAUUUCAAAUUUGUUAUUGUAAGAAAUGUUGAAAACAGUUCAUAUUUUCUUACUUUACCUCACAGGUGAUGCUGGACAUAUUUAUUGAAUCCUUAAAUGUGUGUUUUUGUUGCAUCACAAAAUGUGAAAAGUUCAUAUUUAUGCAAACUUAUUCAAGGCGUGUUCAAGCUUUUGUCCCUGGUUAUCACAAUUCAAGAACAUUUUGUAAAAAAAAAUAUAACACCCUUAGCAAUACCACGUGAGAAGGAGAAGUGAGAAGUUGCAGUCAGCACCAAAAACUACCGAAGGAUUUGUUAAUGUCCAGUUUCACCUCGACUCACAGAGAAAUCUAACCAUGGAAGUGGAUUAUUAUGAAUAUAAUUAUGAUUACACUGCAGACAAUGAAACUGACAACAGCACAAAGAUAACAGACCUGCUACAUUUUCACAGAUCUUCAUCCUCCCUGCCUCUUGUUCUUGCAGUAUUCAAUAUCUUUAUAUCAGUCCUUGGUAUCUGUGGGAACUCACUGGUGAUUUGGAUAUGCGGGUUUAAAAUGAAAAGAACGGUCUUCACCAUUUGGUACAUCAGUCUGGCUAUUUCAGAUUUGUUUUUUUGUGCCUUUUUGCCCUUUGAAGUGUUCUAUAGCCUGACUUCCAGUUGGCCUUUUGGCCAAGCACUGUGCAAGCUCUCCUCUUCUGCUUUGUUUCUCAACAUGUACAGCAGUGUGUUUCUUUUGGUUCUAAUCAGCGCUGACCGCUGUGUUCUGAUUUUAUUUCCUGUGUGGGCAAACAACCACCGAACGGUACAGAGAGCGUGCGGGGCGGUUGCCCUAAUGUGGCUCCUCUCUGGAAUCCUAACACUGCCUUCAGUGAUCUUCAGAACGACCAGAAUCAGCAGUUCAGUCACCAGAUGUGUUACGGAAUACGGGGCCAACUCCAGACACGAAGGUGUAGCACUGGGACGCUUCUUUUGUGGGUUCCUGGUUCCUUUCCUGAUGAUUGUGUUGAGCUGUGUGGUGCUGAGUGUGAAGCUGAGAGAUUCAACGGUCCGAUCGAAAAGGCCUUAUAAAAUCAUGGUGGCGCUCAUACUGUCGUUUUUCUUCUGCUGGGUCCCCUACCAUACCUUUGUUCUCAUGGAAAUGAACUUAAAAAAACACAAGCCGGAGGUGGUCGAUGCUGGGCUGAGAGUGGGGGCCACCCUGGCAGCGGCCAACAGCUUCAUCUACCCGAUUCUCUACGUGUUCUGUGGCCAUGACUUUAGGAGAACUCUGAGGCGCUGUUUGACGUCAAGGUUUGAGGAGACGAUGGGGGAAAAUACCCUCACAGCUGGGUUCAAUUUUUCCAGAUCCAAAUAAAGGAUUAAUUAUUGAGAGAAAUGCUUUAAUAUGCAAAUAUGAU